CCCCAAAUCCACCCCAUCUCCUCCUUCCACUCACCUCCUCAUUAAAUUUCAAAUGUUUGGAAAAGGCCAAUACAUGAGGUCCCCAACUAACUUUGUCCCCUCUCUCUCUCUCUCUCUCUCUCUCUCUCUCUCUCUUGUAAGUUGUAACAUGAAGCAAAAAGAAACUAUAGCACAGCUCACAUAUUAACUAAUUAAACUACCCUGCCCUUUGCCUCAACCAUAAAAACCUCCUUCCUAUACAAACCCACACCACUGAAACACUUUCCACAACAAAACCAACACUCAACACAUAACUACCAUAUAUAUCCAUGGAGAUUGAGUCAGUGAAGUGUGAGUGCUGUGGCCUGAGAGAGGAUUGCACCCAGGAGUACAUUGACAGUGUGAAGGCAAACUUUGAUGAGAAAUGGCUCUGUGGGCUGUGCUCCGAGGCGGUGAGAGACGAGCUCGGCAAGGGGAGGAGGAAGGGCCAGGGGGUGGAGGAGGCCAUGAGAGCCCACAUGGCCUUCUGCAGGAGGAUCAAGUCGAACCCCGCGGUGCGGGUGGCCGACGGCAUGCGGCAGAUGCUGCGGCGGAGAUCGGGAGACAUGUCGAGUAAGUUCGGGCGGUCGACGAGCAAUUCUUCGCAGGUAGGGGAUGAGCCCUCAGCAUCCUUUUCUGAGUAUGGUUAAUUAAAAGUGUUUGAUGUUGUUAAAGACUAAAGAGAGGUUUGAUCUAAUUCUCAUGGCCUUUUUGAUUUCCUUCUUAUAGAUAUUCUCACUUUGUUAGAAUUUUCUUUUCUUGUUCUUUUCUUCUUUUUUCUUUGUGGCUUUAGUUUCUGAUGCAUUGUACAGAACUAUUUCAAUCUGAUGUGGGCUUCUAUGUCUUCUUCUCUCAUCCAAAUUUUCCAUGAAAUAAAUGAGCUACUUCCUCUGUUAGAGGAAAUUGCUGGUGUGAA